AGCCUUGCGCAUGCGUCUUUGAGCGGUUGUUUCCUGAGGGGAUCCGGGUUCGUCGGUUCUCUCAUGGCUGUCGAGGCGCUACGGGAUGCGGGUGGCGGUUCUCGCGACAGGGGUCUACGGGGCUGAAGAAGUGCUCGCUCGCUCGGGCCUGGCUUGUUCCCGUGCCACCGAGGGAGAUGAGUUGGUUCAACGCCUCGCAGCUCUCCAGCUUCGCCAAGCAAGCUUUGUCGCAAGCGCAGAAGUCGAUCGACCGGGUGUUGGACAUCCAGGCCGAAGAGGAAGAGGAGGGCGAGGGAACUCCUGACAGAAUCUCCCCGCCCAGGCCCGGAGAGGCUGGAACAAAUUCACUUACAAGUGGAGGAUGGGAUACUUCUGCCUGGGGGUUAAAUCCUGAUACAGAGACUCAAAGUCAGCCAAUAUCCUCUCCUACUGCAAUCACCAAACCAGUUAGGAGAACUGUAGUGGAUGAAUCAGAAAACUUCUUCAGUGCCUUUCUCUCACCUACGGAUGUUCAGAGCAUACAGCAAAGCACAGUAGUAUCUAAGCCCCCCACCAAAUCACAGCGACCCAAGGAAGAAGUGAAAAGCACACUACAAGACCCUUUGCAAAGUGACCUGCCAGAGGCAUCUGUAGAAACUGAAACAAAAGACUUCUCUGUAAUUGUACUAGUAGAACUGCAGAAUCUCAGUGAUUCCCAGGAACAGUUAGAAGAAAAUAGCUCAGUAGUUGAUACUGAAGACAAACUUGAUGAAAGUAAAGCUGAAGACACUGAGCAACAAGUGUCUGCUGAGAAUGUCAGUGAGGAAAAAUCCACUGAUGUUGUAAAAUCAGAUUCAGGAAGUGAUGGACCUGUACAUAUGACUGAAAGUCCUGCACAAUCUCUUCCCACAGAGACAAAGAAUGUAGGUUUGGAAAGUAAAGAACGCAAAAGCGAGGACCGGCAAAGCAAUACACCUUCCCCUCCUGUUAGCACUUUCUCCUCAGGGACAUCCACAACUAGUGAUAUUGAAGUUCUAGACCAUGAAAGUGUAAUAAGUGAGAGCUCAGUAAGUUCAAGGCAAGAGGCUGCUGAUUCAAAAGCCAGUCUUCAUCUGAUGCAAACAUCCUUUCAGCUUUUAUCAGCAUCUGCUUGCACAGAAUAUAAUCGUUUGGAUGACUUUCAGAAAUUGACUGAGAGUUGCUGCUCCUCUGAUGCUUUUGAAAGGAUAGACUCAUUUAGUGUGCAAUCACUAGACAGUCGUAGUGUAAGUGAAAUAAACUCAGAUGAUGAAUUAUCAGGCCGGGGAUGCAUUUCAACAUCUGUCUCCAUCAGCCCUCUGACACCAAAAAGUGAUGUUGUUGACCCUGUUAAAAGCAAAUCUGAUCAGAAUGUCAGUGAAACUCUUGCACUGCCUGCAGAUGAAGCAGAAAUGGAGGAAAGUGGACGAAGUGCCACCCCUGUUAACUCUGAGCAGCCGGAUGUUUUGGUUGUUCCUAUACAGACUGCUGAAGAGCAUGCCCCAAAAGAAGAGGUGGUGGUAAUGCAUCACAAUGCUGAAGAGUUGUCCAAUGUAGAGUGUGAAAAAGAAGAACUUUGUAAGAUUAUUGAUUCAUUGACAGAGAAGCUGGAGAUAAGGGAAAAUCGACUAUUAAGUGUCAGUAAAGAGAAGGCAUGCCUCGAAGAAGCUUAUGAUAACCUCAAAGAUGAAAUCUUCAGAAUGAGAGAAGAGAACAGUAGCAUUUCAUCUCUUAAAGAGGAGUUUGCUCAGCGAAUAGCGGAUGCAGAGAAAAAGGUCCAGUUAGCAUGCAAAGAGAGGGAUACAGCUAAGAAGGAAGUAAAGACUUUAAAAGAAGAGCUAGCAAUGAGAUUGAACAGUAAUGAAACUGCUGAGCUACUAAAAGAGAGAGAUGAACAAAUUAAAGGGUUAAUGGAAGAAGGAGAAAAGCUUUCAAAACAGCAGCUGCAAAAUUCCAACAUCAUUAAGAAAUUGAGAGCAAAGGAGAAGGAAAGAGAAAAUACUUAUUCAAAACAGAGUAAAAAAAUUAAGGAAUUAGAAGAGGAAUUACAGCAUCUGAAACAGGUACUGGAUGGCAAAGAAGAAGUUGAAAAACAGCACCGGGAGAGCAUUAAGCAGCUAAAUAGUUUGGUUGAGCGGCAGGAGAAGGACCUUAGCAGACUCCAGAUGGAAGUGGAGGAGCUUGAAGAGAGGAACCGGAGUGUCCAAGCAGCCCUUGAUAAUGCAUAUAGAGAUCUUACAGAUCUUCACAAAGCUAAUGCUACAAAGGACAGUGAAGCACAAGAAGCAGCAUUAAGUAGUGAAAUGAAAGCUAAGGAGGAGCUUGGCGUAGCUUUGGAGAAGGCCCAAGAGGAAGCUCGUCAACAACAAGAAGCUUUAGCAAUUCAGGUGGCAGAUUUAAGACUGGCCCUGCAGCGUGCCGAACAGCAAACAGCUAGAAAGGAAGAUUAUUUGCGCCAAGAAAUUGCUGAGCUCCAAGAGAGACUUCAAGAAGCAGAGACUCGCAAUCAGGAGCUCAGCCAAAGUGUUACCUCUGCUACAAGGCCACUGCUGCGGCAAAUAGAGAACCUACAGGUGACCUUGGGAGCACAGACUGUGUCUUGGGAGAAGCUAGAGAAAAAUCUUUCUGAUAGGCUGGGGGAAUCUCAAACUGCCCUAGCAGCACAGGCGGAAAGAGAACGCGCUGCUACAGAAGAACUUCUUUCCAAUAAAAUCCAGUUAUCUUCUGCUGAAUCACAGAAUAGUCUUCUCAGGCAAGAAAAUAGCCGCCUUCAAGCUCAGCUAGAAGGAGAGAAAACCAGGCUCAAGAAACUAGAGAAUGAAAACAAUCGGUAUGAAGUUGAGCUCGAAAAUCUUAAAGAAGAAUAUGUUAAAACGGUUGAAGAGGCGAAGAAAGAAAAGGCACUGUUAGCUACUCAGUUAGAAAUGGAGAAAAUGAAAGUAGAACAAGAAAAAAAGAAAGCAAUCUUUGCACAAGAAACAGUGAGAGAAAAGGAACGAAAAUUAUUUACUCCAUCAACAACAGAAACAGUCUCAAGUACUCCAACGCUGUCACGUUCAAGCUCUGUAAGUGGGGUUGAUAUGGCAGGGCUCCAGGCCUCCUUCGUAUCUCAGGACGACUCUAAUGAUCAUUCCUUUGGUUCAAUGUCUACAAGUGGGAGCAAUCUUUAUGAUGCAGUGAGAAUGGGAGCAGGUUCAAGUAUUAUCGAAAAUCUGCAGUCACAGUUAAAAUUACGUGAUGGAGAAAUUUCUCACCUACAGCUGGAAAUUGGAAACCUUGAAAGAACUCGAUCAAUAAUGGCAGAAGAGCUGGUAAAAUUAACAAAUCAAAAUGAUGACUUGGAAGAAAAGAUAAAGGAGAUACCCAAGCUACGUACGCAACUAAGGGAUCUGGAUCAGAGAUAUAAUACUAUUCUCCAGAUGUAUGGUGAGAAAGCUGAAGAGGCAGAAGAACUGAGGUUGGACCUUGAAGAUGUGAAAAACAUGUACAAGACUCAGAUUGAUGAACUUCUAAAACAAAGGCAUUGUUAAUUACUGUUGAAGCUGCUGUUUGAAAACAAUGUUGCAUUAAAUUUUGGGGAAAUUAAUGUAAAUUUAGAUGACUUGUAAAGAUUCUGUACUAUAAAGUGAUUAUGCUGUAGAGUUCAUAUGUUGGAAGAAUCAUUAUGUUUUCAUGGUGGGCGACUGUUGACAGUUAAAUUAUUUGUUAAAUAUUUAAAAUAAAUUUUAUAUCCAUGGCUUUAUGUUAACACAUUCUAAAAGGCAGGGCAUCUUACAUCUGUACAGUAGUACAUGAAUUGACAGAUAAUAUUGAAAAAUCAGUCAUCAGGGAGUUCUUAAUUGCAGCUGUAGCAGGAUGUGCCUGCAUAAUUCUACUGAUAGUAAUCUGACAUCCUGAUAUUCAUCUAAAUGGAGGAACAAUAUCACUUAUUAAAUAUAUUGAUUUCAAGUGCAUUAUUUAAACAAAAGGGAUGGGUUCUUUUAAUAUUUAAAAAACAACAACAAAUUAACACUUGGAUUUGUACUAUGAUGCCCUAACCAGGUAGAGUUAAAUACUGUGUUGCCCACAAAGGCAGUUGUUUGCCUUUGUCCCCAAUUAUUUAGAGUGGUUUAUACUGAAAAAGAAACCAUAUUUUCUCCUAUUUAGUAAGUAUUUGGUUCCAUUUCCCCUAUAGGGUUGUAUUCCUAAAGCUUAAUACACUGCCAUUAAGAGGAGGUUGCUUAGCAUCUUUAAUGGCAUUCAGUUAGACAAUGAAGAACUCACUAAUUUUUUUGAGGAAGGAAGGGAACAAGAUGAUUAUUUAUGCUUACAUAUUCAUAUCUGAAAUGGUUGCUCCUUUCCCCCCAUGGUCUCAUUCUUUAAGGGUGCAUGGAUGCACUUUAGUUUAAAAGUGGAUAAAACUGUAGAGGUUUCAAAACUUCUCCAGUAUUUUUUUAAAAAGGUAACUAUCAGAAAAUAGCGAAGAACACCUUCAGUUGCCUUUCCAGAAAUUUAGCCUAAAUGAAGCAGCAAACUUCCAUUGGUAUGAUUCACAGAAGACAUUUGUUCAAAGUACUGUUCUACCUACUGUGAGAAAAAAAAUGGAUCCCAAUAAAUUUAACUUUAAACAGCAGUUCUGAGAAAAGGUAUGGUUAAUACAAUGUCAAAUGUAUCCUCAGCUGCUUCUGUCUCUCUCAAAGUUUGCUUCAGAAAUUGGAAUAGCUGUUUUAAAUAAAACCCUAUCUGCCUACUUGCCAAUUUACUGCUGAUUUCAUAUAUCAUUACUGGAGACAUUUUCCCCAAGCCAAUAUAUCUGCAGAGCCCUUUGAUUCUCCCCGUCAAAAAUGUCCAGCUUGAAAAAAAGCUAUGUUUUGGAUUUCAGUCUGCUUCAGGAGGAGGAGGGUAGGCAAGAAAAUCAGAAUUUGUGGCCAGAAACAGUUGCACCUGUGGAAAAACUCCAGUGUAUCCCAAGCCACUGUGUUGGUGCUGAUGGUUAUUCUAGCAUACACUUCUCCCUGAUAUGCUAGUUUUUCUAUCUAUAGGAAUGUUUAACUUGGUGAAGCACUUGAUCUUAUAAUUCUACAUUCCUGACAGGCCUAACUACCCUGGAUGUGUUAAAAAGAAGUCCCCAUUUUUAGCAUGCAAUAAAACAUGUAGUUUUUUCUAAUAGGGGAAUUCUUUUCCUAAAAAAAGAAAAAGCAGUUGCUAUUGCUAUAUAAAAAACUUCGCUUAUUUGUACCUUCUAGUAUGAGAACAAUUUUAUUUAAAAAUUUAACCCAGUGCUGGAAUAAUUUUGAAACUUUUGCCCAUUCUCACAUACAUGCAGUGUACUGAAAACCAAUAAAAAGGCUGCAAGUGUUGAUUAGUUAUGGAAUCUGAAUUUGGGCUCAGUUUUACCAUGAAACUUCCACUCCUCAUUAACAUGUUAAUCUCUGACAAUCAACAAGUAUGAGUAUUUCUCUUUUGCGGUCUUUAAAGCCACUUGUAAUUGAAAAACACAUUGUUAUCAUUGGUUUGUGCAGGUUCAUUUACGUAAUAUUUUGCCAAGGCCACAUCAGUUAAUCCUUUGUCUCUGUACCGCCAAAAGCACUCACAAGUGUGAGCAUUAUCUUGAUGGUUCCCCUCACAGACAUGUGUGCUUACUGAUCUGCUUUUGGAGUUUUUUGCAUUUGCCAAUAGAUAUGUAAAACUCUUAAAACCGUUUUUGUGCAUCUAGAGCCACAGAUAUAAUCACCUUGUAUUUGCAGAGUAAUGUGCAAAGUGGCCUGCAUAGUACUGGUGUAAGAAGCGAUAUUGCAAGAAAGGAAGGAUUUAAUCCUAGACUGGAGAUGCAUUACUUUUAUUAAACAAAAGAACACAUUUUUUGCAGAACCGCGUAGCUGCACCUAUGGCUGCAUUCAGAUGUCCAGACAAACCUCUGUUCAUGAUGGGCAUUAAAUUUGGCUUGUUUAAUGAACUCCUGUGUUUAUCCCUUCUAGUGUGCAGAAUGUGAAUGGUUUGAGAAACCUUAAACUCCAGUUUACCACAGCAUUCAAAUGCAAGUACAUGGUCAUGUUGGAAUUUUUUCUCCCCAAAUCAAGAAGAAAGCGAACUCUCCUUUGCAUUUGGGCAGUUGAAAUUUGAUUCAAGGCUUCUUUAAUCCGGAAGAUUUCAGUCCUGUUCCAUAUUCAAAGGGAAGAGUAUGUGAGCCCAACAAACAAGCAGAGGUUUUAAUGAAAUCUGAAUAUGGCCUGUAAUUCAGGGGUGGGCGGGCUAAGGCAUAUGAGAAGUAAGGCUGCCUUCUACAGAGCCUUCAACACAUUGUUUAAGAGAUGGUUACAGUACAUAAAAGCUCUUGAAAUAAGAAAAUGGCCUCUGUGCAUUUGGAUUGUGCACAAAAUAAACCAGACCCUUACCUAGUACCAACUGGAAUAUUAUUUGAAUUCUGUUGAAUUAUCUAAAACUAGCUCCAGUUAGUUUAACCUGUUACUGAUGUGUUAACAUGGUUUUCCCUCUUGCUUUACAAGAAAUAGUCUUAAGAGUAUACAUAGUACAUCUUUUAUAAGGGGCUGUAAACUAGUUUAAAUAGAGUAUGUACAUUAAUAACCUAUUACAGAAAUGAGGCUGUUGACUUGAACAAUAAUGUAAAUACUUUAAACGUUUAAAUCUUGGUCUAAAUAAAGUAUUUGAGUUAA